CGCCUCUCACCUACUCACGGUGCUGGUCCCCAUAUUCUGCAUCCAUUGCGAAAACAAUUUCGAAAGAUUCGAGUUUUGGCAUUAAAUGUGAAGCGCGAGGCAAGUGCAGGAAAAGAUCUCGUCGAAGAGCUGAUGGCCUUAUGGUAUUUGGGCAAGUACCAAUGUAAGUGGAGGUGCAGUGGAUUAUUUUGAGGAAGUAAGGAACGAACGAACCCACGAAAAUGAACAAGUGUUUAGUAACGAGUGCGUAUCUAUUGCUACUUUGCGGACUGGCCCUGGCCACGCCGAUGCUUUACAAGAAGAAUAGCAAUGAUAAGUUUGAAGCAGACCUGGUUCCGGUCUCGUCGACCGUUAUCCCACUGAGCGUUAUCGAGGUCAGCUACGGCAAAAACGGUAUGCCCAGCGAGGAGUACAAGAUCGCAUAUUUGAAGAAGCUUCGCAAGAAGGUCAAACAUGAGGACGACUUCGAAGAUCCAGAUACCUUAAUUACAAUCAAGAAGAAGCACCACGAGAAGAAGGGCAAAGAAGUGACUCUGAAAGGUGUUUAGGGGGUGGGCCGAAGAGAUGAGUGCCGCGCUUGUUGUUAUUUUUCGGCCCAACAUUAACAUCCAAACAUAGAUGACCUGAUUACCAUUAACCAAAACUAACUCCUGCCAAAAAUAUUCCAUGAACGCUCGCUGCAUCCAUACGAGACAAAUUGUUUUACUAAUAAUUUAUUGUUAAAUUGUAUGAGAAGUAAUAUAUUCGCUUUUAUGUUGUAA